AUGUUUUUAGCAACCCACCAGCUAUCUAUAAGACAGACUGUGCGGGCGUAUUCGACGGCCGGAGUUCGUCCGAAAAAACGGGGCGUCUUCAGAAACUCGUUCCUGGCCGCUCUAGGGGUCGGCCUGGCGGCCUACGGAUACGACUCCGUGCUGGGGGCCGGCGUCACAAACAGGAGCGUGCGGUCUUUGUCCACGCUUUUGUUGAUCUCGAUAGACUACAAGCUCAACUUUGAAGAGGGCAACGAUAUAGAGGCGUUGCACGAGCGCAACGCGCAGAGACUGUACGACCUGCUCACCACGAACAAGGGGCUAUACAUCAAGAUGGGCCAGGUGAUAGCCAUCCAGGGAAUGAUGUUCCCGCAGCAGUACCAGAAGAAGUUCAGCCAGCUGUUUGACAAGGCUCCGAGGGACGACUGGGAGGUCUGCGACCGGGUUCUGAGACAGGAGCUUGGUGCGAGGUAUAGAACUGAGAUUUUCGAGACGAUCGACGAGUCGCCCGUGGCAAGCGCGUCGAUAGCCCAGGUCCACAAGGCGCGGCUGCGCACGGGCGAAGAGGUGGCCGUCAAGAUCCAGCACGAGUCUGUGAGCAAGCAGAUGUGGCUGGAUCUGGCGACUUAUCGGUUUGUGAUGAAAGUGUACGAAUGGGCGUUCGACAUGCCGUUAGCUGCUACCGUGCAGUAUGUUUGCAACAAAAUGCGCGAGGAGGUCGAUUUUGGGAUCGAGAUGCGCAACGGCAACCUGAUCGCGUCGCUGAUCGCGAAGGACCCGGAGUUUAAGAAGACGGUAUACAUUCCCAAGUAUUUUCCGCAGGCGUCUUCCAGACGGGUGCUGACUGCUGAGUGGAUAGACGCUGAUCCUGUUGGGGACUACUUGAAGCUCAAGGACAAGGGCUACAACAUCAAGAGUCUCAUGAACACGAUCAUCAAGGUGUACUCGCGACAAGUGUUCUACUGGGGGCUGGUUCAUUGCGACCUGCAUCCGGGAAACCUGUUGGUGAGACACUUGCCCGACAAAACGCAGCAGCUGGUGAUUCUGGACCACGGUCUGUACGAGCACUUUGGAGACAAGUUUAGACGCGAGUACGCGCAGUUCUGGAAGUACACGUUCGAGCUGAACCCGGAGAAAGUCAAGAGUGUGCUCCUUGAGUGGGGGAUCAACGCGGACGACAUCAUGCUCGGGUUGUCGUCGAUGGACCCGGGCAAGAACGAGGCGCUGAAAAAGCACAUCCAGGAGCUCAGCAAGAAGUCGUACUUUGAGAGACAGACCAUCAUUAGAGACAAGAUGCGCGAGUUCUUCAAAAACUCAGACAAGUUCCCAAUGACGCUCACCUUCAUUAUCCGCAGCAUGCGCAUAGUGCAAGGGCUGAAUAGAAACUUUGGGUCGCCCUGCAAUAGAGUCGACAUCCUGGCGACCGAGGCCGCGAAGACCGUCAAGCUGUUCGACCUGGACGACGACAGGUUCCAGUUUGUGCUGAAGCGGUUUGUUACGUACAACCUGUUCCGGCUGGUGUCAUUCGUCCAGUACCAUUUCAACAAGCUGUGCCAGCACGUGGCCUCGUGGUUCCGGCGCGAGCCCGUGCAGGAUCUGGAGGAGGUUUACGAGAAACAGAUGAUCGAGGCCAGUAAGGGGAUCGGCUUCGAAAGCGUGCCGACAACAAAAGAGCUGCUCGACGGCUGA